GUCAUCGACCUGACGGAGGAUGCCGAUGAUGACGUUGCCGUCACCGAAAUUCCCAAAGUUCAACCAAUGGAGAUUCCAAAGAGCUACGUCUGUUACGGAAUAAUCGUAGGCAAGAUCAAUGCCAACCGAGUGCCCGUCUUCCCAGUCGGCCGCGAACAUCUCCCGAUGUUCAUCAAGAUAGUUCGCGCGCCAAAUCCACUGUCGCUCGUUGUGGAUACGUACGACUGCCAUGAUUCGCAAUUUGGCUACGUGGAGUUGAAUACUGCACGAGUAAUUGUGCCAUUGAUUGAUUUCCGCACGUUUGUGGUGGAGCCUUACAUGUAUGCUCUUCCCAGGCAGCAGCCCCCUACCAACACUGUUGUUUCCAACCAAUACCGCUUCUUUUUCAAUGUCUACGGGCCGGUGACGGAGGCUAGAAAGGUGGUACAUAUCGCCACACAGCAGGGCACAGUCAUUCAGAAGCCUUACAAGAGCUAUUGCAAUACUAGUGCUCCUUACAUGGACCCGUAUGUGACAACCACGACUAGGGCUACUUCGUCAGCAUCCCGUCCGAGUGGCUUUGCCGUUAUUACUCGCACGGCAGACGAGAUACGAGCCGAUGUCAACAAGGUGUUCGAAGGGUUGGAUCAAGCCGAAAAUCUACCGGAGAUGGACGCGGAUCCUCGGAUCAAGACGCCACUCCUGAAACACCAGAAGCAGGGUCUCUACUUUCUUACAAUGAAAGAGCAGGAGAGAAACUACGAUGACAAUGAUGCAAACAACACGCCAGUGUGGCGCAAGAAGGAGAAGGGCGGGCAAACGUGGUUUUACCAUGUGAUCACCGGCCAAACCGUCAAGAGACGGCCACCAGAUGUACUUGGCGGUAUAUUGGCGGAUAUGAUGGGGCUGGGAAAGACCCUACAGAUCCUGUCGCUCAUAGUCUCGACCCUGGAACUUUCUGAGGAAUUCGCGAAAGGCCCAAAGCCUCGUCAGUACACUGUCAAGGACAACAAAGAGCCAUUACCACCUAGCAUGAAUGCAAAGACAACCCUGUUGAUCAGCCCGCUGAGCACGAUUAGCAAUUGGGAAGAACAGAUUCAGGCUCACGUACAAGAUGGGGCCUUGAAGUGCCAUCUCUACCAUGGUAACAAGCGCGAAUGUGACCCCAAGGUUAUCGCUGGAUACGAUCUCGUAAUCACAACCUACCAGGUGAUCGCGAGCGAAUGGUCCAAGCACAUCAAAGAUCGCGACUAUGUCAGCCCGGUGCAGCAGAUAAACUUCUUCCGCAUAGUUCUUGAUGGUAGGGCCCAUAUGAUCCGAGAACAGAACACUCUUCAGUCGAAAGCGGUGAUAGCGUUGCAUGCUCAGAGACGUUGGGCGGUAACUGGUACUCCGGUACAAAACCGCCUCGAUGAUCUCGCAGCUUUAAUGAAGUUUCUUCAGCUCAAGCCGUUCGAUGACAAGGCUGUGUUUCAUCAGUACAUCGCGUCACCCCUCAAGAGUGCCGAGGACAAUAGCCUUCGCUCCCUGCGACUCCUCGUUGACAGCGUUACCCUGAGGCGACGGAAAGACAAGAUUGACCUUCCGCCUAGGAAGGAUCAGAUAGUUUACCUUCAAUUCAGUACGGCGGAGCAAGAGAUCUACGAUGCAACGGCGAAGCAAUCUUCCAAACGUGUGGAUAUGGUUGCGAAACAAGGACACAUCGGAGGAAAGAAUUACGUUCAUAUCCUACAGAUGAUUCUCCGGCUUCGCCUCAUCUGUGCUCAUGGACGUGAGUUGCUCGGAGACGAGGAUGUUGCCGACCUUGCCGGUCUCACUUCUUCUGACGCUAUUGACGUUGAUGAACUUGAUGACGAAGGUCCGACGAAUCUCUCGGCGAAGCAGGCAUAUCAGAUUUUCAGCCUGAUGAAAGAGACAAAUGAAGAUAACUGCUCGGUCUGCGAGAAGAAAGCGCCCGAGGACAAAGGCAAGGACAAGGAAUCGGACGAAAAAGACCAGCCGAAGGGCUCCACUACAAUAGGGUUCCUGACUCCAUGCACCCACAUGCUUUGUGAGAGCUGCAUCCCGGCCUACACGGCCAGGAUCUCGGGCAACUUUCAGCCCGGCAUGCGCGCCGUCUGCCCGAUCUGUACACUUUAUGGAAGGAUCAGUUUCUUCGAGCUAAAGUCUGACGAGCUGAAUGAGCACCUUACCGGUGCCAACGCCUCCAAAGUAACGAAGAAGAAGGACUUCAAGUAUCGUGGACCGAGCACCAAGGUCAAGGCACUCCUCCAGGCUCUGCUCGAGAGUCGUGAAGAGGGAACACCGGAAGAUCCGAUCAAGAGCGUUGUGUUUUCGUGCUGGACCUCCCACAUGGAUCUCCUCGAGCUCGCGUUCCAGAAUAACGGCAUCAGCUAUGUUCGGCUCGACGGCUCGCAGAGUCGUAUGCAGCGAAGUGCCGCUAUCGCGCAGUUCCGUGAUACGCCGGCUGUAGAAGUCAUCAUGGUUUCGUUGAUGGCGGGUGGCUUGGGCUUAAACUUGACGGCAGCCUGCAGGGUCUAUAUGAUGGAACCUCAGUGGAAUCCGGCAGCAGAGGCACAGGCGAUCGACCGAAUACACCGCUUGGGCCAGAAGAAGCCGGUGAUCUGCGUUCGCUACAUCAUGGCGAACAGCUUCGAGGAGAAGAUUCUCAAGAUUCAAGAGAAGAAGAACAAUCUGGCGAAUAUCACCAUGGAGCAGGGAAAGCUGUCGAAGGCGAAGUUGGCGAAGCAGAGACUGGAGCAUUUGAAGGACCUUUUCAGCGACAAGAAGUAGAUUUUCGAUUUGAUUUGAUUGCAGUAUUUUCAGUGUUUUGCAGUGUUUUUCUUCAUAUGGCUGGGUUUCGUCUUGCGUUUGUAUCCGGUUACAAUGGCUGCCCUCUAUCACACGUUUUUUCCUUGUUUGCUGUUUGCUGUGUUCGUUUUUUCAGGGCGUUGCAGAAGGUAUCUUUUGCAUGGGGUAGCUAUCACUGCGGGAGGCGUUGGGGUGUCGGGGUGUCGGGAAGAAGUGAGCGGGCGUGACGCAUGCGUGGAAUGUGCUCUUUGAUUGAUUGAUUGGUUUGAUGUUUGUUGAUUGAUUGUGCCGUCUAGAAAUCGUUAGGAUGAUAGGGAUGGGUUUACGUGGAAAUGGCGAAUUUGUCCGGGGAUUGCAUUGCAAUGGUGCAGGAUGAUGAUGGGUUGGUUGGUUGAUCGAAGAUGAAUAGACGUCAGCAGAUGAAGUUACUUUGAAAU